AUGUUGACCCCGGGGCUCGCGCUCCUGCUCCUGCUCAGCCUUCCAGGGCUCGGGGAGGCCUCGCGGGGGCCCGAGGGGGCGGUGUGCGCCCGGGCGGAGGGGCGCGCGAGGCGGGGCGGGGCCGAGGCCGAGGCCGAGGGGCGCGGGCGGCGGGAUGCGGGCGGGCGCGGCGGGGUCUACGAGCACCUCGGCGGGGCGCCGCGGCGGAGGAAGCUCUUCUGCGCCACCAAGUACCACCUCCAGAUCCACGCCAGCGGGCGCGUCAACGGCACCCUCGAGAAGAACAGCGUCUUCAGUAUUCUAGAGAUAACAGCUGUGGACGUUGGGAUUGUGGCUAUCAAAGGCUGUUUCUCCGGCAGAUACCUGGCCAUGAACAAAAGAGGCAGACUUUAUGCUUCAGAGACCUACAACGCAGAAUGUGAGUUUGUGGAAAGGAUCCAUGAGCUAGGCUACAAUACCUAUGCAUCUCGCUUGUACCGGACUGUGCCCAGUGGAGCCAGCAGCAAACGCAAAGCUAGUGCUGAGAGACUCUGGUAUGUCUCUAUCAAUGGAAAAGGACGACCUAGAAGGAGUUUCAAAACCCGUAGGACCCAGAAAUCCUCCCUAUUUUUGCCUCGGGUACUGGAUAAUAAAGACCAUGAUAUGGUCCGACUGUUCCAUUCAAGUACUAAGUACCGAGAGGGCCUGUUAAAGCCUCCAAGUAAGAACCAGAGAAGAAGAAGAGGACACUAGUGGACACUCUGUCCACGGGAUGGAUAAAAAUGGAGAUUGAAGACUAAGCCAGUAUUCAAAGUGCUACUAAAUAAGUACAAAUACAAUUGUGAGACCAAUGUUGACAAAUGACACAGUGUGUAUAUAUAUUACUGGAUGCCUCACUAAACAUCCUUGUAAAUAGAUUUUUAGAGUUAUAACCCAUUGCUAAGAACUUAAGAAAAAAAUCAAAGCAUGUACACAUGUAAAUUAGAUGGAUGAAAUGAUAACUUUCAGUAUUCUUUCUCACCUUCUGCAGUGAGCAUCUCUCUUUAAGUAUCUUGAGAGUGUUUUUAAUGCAGUUCUCUCCAGUUCAGUCAAUUAAUGAAUUAAGUGAAAAUAAAUUAUUUUAGCCAUAAUUUCUCCAUUGCAAAACGAUAGUUUUGAAGAUGGUGCAUAUGUAUGUCAAAACAGACACUAUUUUAGAAUUAAUAUCCCCUUGUCUGAGAUGAUGUCUGACAUUUGCAAAUGUUAUUUACAUUAAAAUAAUUAAUUAAAAAAUUAAAAUGCAUAGUUAAUCAGUGAUGGCUUUGAGUCAAUUGGGAGCUGUCCUAUAGAGACCUGUAAAUAAACCCACUGAAUUCAGUAGGACUUACAUAUGAAUAGAUGAGCAUAGGAUUGUAUUGUAAAAGGAUUUUUAAUCAAUUAAAAGUAAAUUGCUCCAUCUGAUUAAUCAUUAGAAGCUGUAGCCCUCAGACAUAUUCAUAACCAAAUACUAUACUUGAUCUCCAAGUUAUAGCUAACUGGAGAAAUUUUAAACCCGAUUUAUUUUGUAAAUUUUUAUUUAACUUAUUUUAAUAACAAAUAAGUAUCAGCUAAUGCUCAUUAGCUUUCAUUUUAUUAACUUUAAUGUUGAUGAGAAAAGUAAUUUCCGCAUUUCUGGAGAAUUACAUGCUGCUAGGCUUAUUAUUAGUUGAUCAAAAGUACGUUUUUCUUCAUGAAUUGCCAUCAAUAUUUUUUAAGAUAACCCAGUUUUCUAAAUAAAGGCUUCAGGAGAACUUGGCAAUGCAGGCUUACUCUCCAUUGGCUAAAGGGUACAAAACUAUAGUGUCUGAUUUUUCUGUGUCCAUGAUGUGAUUUUCUAUAUUUUCUUCAGCCUUCAUAGUACUACUCCAGAGGGUCAUCCCAACCUUCCAGAACAAUAUCAAAGAUACCACUGAAAGUGUUGAAAAAAAAUAUGUAUAUGUAUGUUAUACAGUGGACCUUUGGUAUCUGCUGGAGUUUGGGUCCAAGGCCCCCUGUGGAUACCAAAAUCCACGGAUGUUCAAGUCCCAAUAUAUACAGUGGCAGAGUAAAAUGGAGUCCCAUAUAUACAAUGGCAAAAUCAAAGUUUGCCUUUUGAAUUAAAUAUAUAUUCAACCUGUGGUGCAGAAUACCUGGAUACCUGACGGUACAAUAUCACAUUUCCUUCCUAUGUUUUUUUCACCAUGUGAGUAACUGCCAGUAAGACUAAAGGAAGCAAUCUUUUAAAAUGAAAAUGAAAACAUCUUGGUCAAGGAACAAAAGCACUCUCUGAUAUAAUAUCUUUUAAUAAGUAAUGCAGGACUUCAAAAACAUAUAUUUGUUAGUAUCCACUUGUAAGGAUUCCAUUACAGGUCUGCCACAGAAAAAGGUGUUGGGUUGGUUUGUAGGAUUCAUUGUCAAAGUGAGCGGAAAAUCUCCUACCAACAGAAACUCCAAGCUUUUGUCUGUUUGUACUACAAACCUUCAAACCUACCUGUUUGCAGGCCUCCGGGUGCCCUCCCCUGAAACAGAACACAACAGGCAUAUUUAACACUAUGUACUGAUAGAGCACGUGAAGCUUCUUGAACAGAGAGGUCUUCCAAUGGUAAAAUAAGCUGAACAGUGGAACACUUAUCAGUUGGGAAAAUUACUUUUAAAACAUGAUUUGUUCCAGUUAUUUGUUAUAUUAUGUGUGUUUAAAAGGUUGCAUUGGUACUUGCAUUGUUUGAUAUGGUUUAUUACUUUUGGUUGCUUUUCCAAAACAAGAGAAUGGAAUAAAAUGUGAAAAAGUUCUAGGACAAUGCUCCUAAAAAUGCCCUUUGAAAUAAUAUUUAGUAGCAGCCAAGAAAACAUCCUGAAGGUUCCAGAUCCUCUCUGAUCUUAAAGGCUAAACAAGUUUAGGCCUGGUUGGUACUUGGAUGAGGGAGCAACAAGGAAUACAAUAUGCUGUAGGAUAUAUGUCAGAGGAAAGCAAUGGCAAACCAUUUCUGGGAAUUCUUUGUCUAAGAACAUCCUAUGAAAUUCAUGGGGUUGUCAUAAUUGACAACCACUCGAAGGCAAAUAUUGUACUUUGCCCUCCUUGAGUUACUUUUAAAGUCUGACUCAUGCUUUGAACAUGAUUUUCCUGCUUCUUGGCAGAGGGUUGGACUGGAUGGCUCAUGAGGUCUCUUCUAACUCUAUGAUUCUAUGACUAUAUCACACCUCCAUUAACUUGGUUGUGUCUAACUGCAGUACUAGUAACUUGUUACUUCUAAGCUGAACAGAUUGCAUUAGCAGGCAGUCAGCUUUCUCCUGUAGCUAUGUUUAAGGAGACACUAAUAUAGUGUGACACUGAAACAUACAUAUGCGAAGGAUGCUUCACUGGCAUGCUAUAUUAACAAUGCUUCAUUGAGCAGGAAGGUGGACUAG